AGUUCCGGCCGUAUCACGUCCAGUAUGUGUAUAAAUGCUCGGUCGUGUUCAUCGUCGGGAUUCACAGAAUAUUCUCUUCCUGCUCCGAGAGGUUCUAGCUAUUAUAGCUUACUUUUUUUCCAGCAGAUAUUGACAAAAUGAAGUUAGCUCUCAGCUUUUUCUUGGCCGUUCUUGUGGUUAUGUCUCAUCAGCAGUUUCAGCGCAAUCCCUAUCAUAUGAUGUUUGACGCGUUUCCUUGGCUGUCGCCAUUGCCGCGCUACCCAGUCAACCCCGCGUUCUACUACGACUAUGAAACAGCAACAGUAUCUAUACCAUCAAAUCUAAAAAACGACGACGUUUAUCCAGUUGAAAAUAAUCGCAACGUUUUCAGCCCCGAAGACGAAGGGGAAGAAUACGCCGACACCCAAUCGAGGGUCAAGGGAUUCAGUCUCAACCGGCCUCGGCCUUCUUCCCAGCAAGACGACGACCAGCAAAAUAAUGCCCGUUUUUUGUACAACAUCGAUACUACUACUGCAAGGCCUUACAAUCAUCCUUUUUUUAAAACGGCGACGUUUACGUCCACCGUUACUUUAAGCCUUAAUUCAAUUCAAAAUUGUGUUCCCGCAAACGAAGUUAUUGCUAACGUUCAACCUUGUCAACCAAAUCAACAAGCUAUUGUCGGUCGCAGAAGACGUGACAACGUAAUAGACGACUUUUCCUAUUUACCGGAAGACACUCAAUUUCCUCCUAUCAAUCCUUCUAAUACAUUCAAUUUGAUGCCAACUGUACUUUCGAAUUUAAAUGAUGACAAUUUAGACCUACUUUCGUCGUCUAUGAACGACAUUGACCUUCCGAAUCUUUCAAGAUCCGAAGACGACCAGCACAAUUUCAGAGAGAAAAGAUUUUUUAUUAACAAAAACCGAUUUGUUGCAUUGUCAGUUUCCACGAGUUUUGUAUUUGUAAAUUCUACUAUUCGCGCGACGGUCAAUCUCCUUAACCCAGUUCCAGCUCCAGGUGCAGGUCCAUGUGUACCUGUACCAGCAAUACCUGCACCAGUAGCUCCAGCAGUUCCAGUAACGUGCGUUGGAUGUUUACCCCCAGAUUUCGUUGUAUGCCCUCCCCCUGUCGCUGGAUAAGAGGUGUUUAUACUUGAGAAUUUUAGCAAUUUAGUUUAGUGUUUUCCGCAAUUUGCUUUCUUAAAGAAUCACUAUAUAACGUGUAGCCUAUAAACAGCUUGAUUAUUCCUAUGUUAUUGUUGUACCACAGUAUAGGUCUUCGUUUGAUUUAAUAACUUUAACUGUAAGUUACAGUUAAUGUUUCGUCGAAGACCUAUACUGUGGUAUAUAGCUAGGCUCUGCCACACAAGAAAUACACAGUAGUUUAAGGACGCGGAGAUACUUUUUAUUCCUCGUGUUUUGUAAUGUUUCUAUAUCUUGUCCAAUCUUGUCUGUCUUUCUGUAUUAGGUCUAUA